GUCUUCCUCUCGUCCAUUUUCAGAUUUGAUGCUCUCCAAUUCUUAGUCUACGGAAACGAACAGGAGAAUUUCGGCGAAUCAAAGGUUGAUCCAUGGCUGAUGUAAAGUUGAAGAAAAGAGGCUACAUCUGGGCAAUUUCUGCUGGGAUCAAUGCAGCUCUUGCCGCAAUCUCCGCAAAGUUCUUCUCAUCUCUGGUGAUUAAGUAUGGAUUAGUUGUACUCUGCAAUGUGGUUAUGUGGGGAUGUUAUGUAAACAGCUUAAGAGCUCUCUCAUCGUUACAAGCUACGGUCACAAACUUUGCUGCUAAUUUCCUCUCUUCCGGUUUAGCUGGACUCUUUCUGUUUCAAGAAUCCUUACCAUUCCGUUGGUUUGCGGGAGCUUUAUCGAUCACCAUUGGAGUUGUUAUCCUCAGUAAGUCAAGUGUUGAUAAGAAGGUUAGCUCCGAUUAAUACAAGAACUGAUGUAAUAGCUUAGCUUCUAUUCCGGAGAAGGCUGUUUUGACUACAAGCAUAUAGAGUUACCACUUUGUUCUGAGUUUUGAGUUUUUAGAGGUUAUUUUAAACAUAUUAUAUAUUAUAUACCAAUAUACCAAUUUGGUUCAAUUCUUUGCCACUGGAGUCUCCAAUUUCUUGCCAUCUUAUUAUUCUUCUUAACCUCAGACAGACUUUGACAUUAAUCUUUAGAUUAUGCAAUUAUUGUGUUUUCUACUUAAAAUACUAUCAAAUUGGUUAUUAA